AAUAUUGUUGGUCUUUUUCGCGUUAUUAAAAUGUAUACUGGAAACACCUUAUUAAAAAUACAACAUUUGAAACAAUGCAAGCAAAAAAUGUUUUACAAUUUACUGUAAUUUUGCAAAAUAGUGUUUUCAGUCCAAACAAUGACAUACGAGCGUCGGUUUGCAAAAACUGCAAGUCAUCGUGACUUAGCGGAAGUGUGUAAUAUGAUACCGGUGUAUUUGUUUGGGAAAACUUCAGUUCGUUCAGGGUAUUUGUUUUGUUCGGUAAAAGAAGUGCUUACGGCGUUUGUUACACAUUUCACAUUCUGCUCUGUUCACUUCAUAGAUUUUGCUCGGUUUCAGUGCAUUUAAAAUGGCAACCUGGCAAAAAGUUGUUGUGUUUAUUGGUUCUGCAAGAGAGGUUCGCCUUGGAGAGCGCGUGACAAAGUUUGUGGUGAACAAACUCAAAGAAAAAAAACUUGAAGUUGUUCUUGUUGACCCCAAAAAGUUUGAAGUGCCGAUUUUGCAGAAACCAGUUCAUUUCUACAGACCAAAUGAUAUUCCACCACCAGCUAAUAAUCUGGUUUCUAUGAAUAAGCAUAUCACAGAAGCAGAUGCCAUUGUAGUUAUAUCAUGCGAAUACAACCACUGUAUACCUCCAGGUUUAACCAAUAUCAUGGAUCAUUUUGGACCAAAAUCUUUUGAUAAAAAACCAUCGGGUAUUGUGACAUAUUCCCCAAGUUCAGUGGGUGGGGCACGAGCAGGUGUUCAAUUAAGAUCUCUGCUUGGUGAACUUGGAUGCAUUAGUGUUUCAAACAUGUUUACCAUUCCACAAGUUCAUACAGCUAUUAGUGAAUCUGGUGAACCAUUAGAUAGUGAAGGGGGUAAACAUAUGGACAGUGCGGUUGGAAAACUGUUAGCUCAGUUGGAGUGGUGGGCAAAUGCUGCUAAGGCACAAAGAGCUGUGAAAGAAAAUUUUUAAAAUCUUGUACACCAACAGUCAGCAAUGUAGUAUUUUUAAUAUUGCAUUUUAUGUUUUUUUUAAAAAUGUAUGUUUAAGUUUCAAGUUACAGAUACUUUGUGUUUAUACAAAUAGUACACAUUAAACCUUCACAACUUUGUUAUUUUAUAUACGACUUACUAUUGCAAAAACAUGCUACCAGAGGCAAAAAUGUUUUCCUCACCUACAUUUUAUCCAAUUUCAAAGAAAGUACACAUCAAGUUUACUUGAAGAGUAACUAAUGCAACAAUACAUGCUACCCGUCUCAAACCAAUUGCACAAAGUAUGUAUUCUGUGUACAGAUGUAACAAUGAAUAAUUGCUCUUUGGAAAAUUGAUACAGUUUGAAAAAUCAAAAUAUAUGCUUUUAAAGAAAAAUUUUUUACAAAUGUAAUUAUCCAAUACCUGUCAUGCACUAUAUAUGCCUAUCCGAAGCUACAACAUUAUUGCACUCUUACCUGUGGUUAUUGCAUAAAAUUUAAUAAAAUAGGUGUCGAAAAAUUUA